AUGUCCCUCCCAAACCCCCGCAGAAGGGCUCCGGUGACUCGCCCGGGAACCGACUGCGAACAUGAUCUUUCUCUUAAGACCUCUGUCAUCCUUCGCAAGGGUGCCACCUUCCACUCUCCUACCUCUCCCACUUCUUCCAACGACGACUUUGUUCCUCCUCGGCUUGAGAGAUCCCAAUCAGACUUUGAUGAUGUCGUCGAUGCCAGCCGGCGUCGCAUUGCCCUGACUCUGAACGACAUCGACGAGGCCCUCUCCCAGGCAAAGGACCUCUCCCUGUCCGACAAGAGCACUCGAAGCCAGACCCUUCGGGACACAAGUUUGCCUGUUCCUCGAGGCUUCCUCGAGAUGCCUGUUGUCGACCCCGCCAUGGAGCGACGCGUUCUGCGCCCUCGCUCUGUUCGACUCUCACGAAACCAUGCCUCUGACAGCGGCAUUGGCAGCUCGGCCGCCUCCAUCAACGAAAAGGCCGCUGCCACAGACUCUACCAAGAAGCCCCAGGUGUCCGCCCUGACCAGGUCGGCUGCCUCUAGCACUACCAAGAUGCUUCCCACCCUCAGCCCUCGGGCCAUCAAUCGCAUCCGCGAACACACUCUCCGUCCUCUUUUGGAGAAACCUACACUCAAGGAUUUUGAGCCCAUUAUUCUGGAUGUGCCUCGACGCAUUCGAUCCAAGGAAAUCAUUUGCCUGCGGGAUCUCGAGAAGACCUUGAUCUUCAUGGCACCGGAGAAGGCCAAGUCCGCCGCCUUGUACCUUGAUUUCUGCCUCACGUCCGUCCGAUGCAUCCAGGCGACUGUCGAAUACUUGACCGACCGCGAACAAAUCCGGCCCGGCGACCGACCUUACACUAACGGAUACUUCAUCGACUUGAAGGAGCAAAUUUACCAGUAUGGCAAGCAGCUCGCUGCCAUCAAGGAAAAGGGCAGCCUUGCCGACGACAUGGAUAUUGACCAAUCUGACGAGGUCCGACUCUACGGCGGCAUCGCUGAGAAUGGCCGUCCUGCUGAGCUUGUCCGCAUCAGAAAAGACGGCACCGCCAUUUCAAUGGCCACUGGAAAGGUAAUCGACAUGGCCGAAUCCCCCGCACCCAUGAAGCGCUCCCUGAGCCAACAGCGCGAGGACGAGGAAGAGAUCAUGCGGUCCAUGGCCCGCCGGAAGAAGAACGCCAGCCCGGAAGAGCUGGCUCCCAAGAAGUGCCGCGAGCCUGGCUGCACCAAGGAGUUCAAACGCCCCUGCGACCUCACCAAGCACGAGAAGACUCACUCUCGUCCCUGGAAGUGCCCCUUCUCCACUUGCAAGUACCACGAUUAUGGCUGGCCCACCGAGAAGGAGAUGGACCGCCACAUCAACGACAAGCACUCCGAUGCCCCUGCCAUGUUCGAGUGCCUGUUCAAGCCCUGCCCCUACAAGUCGAAGCGUGAGUCAAACUGCAAGCAGCACAUGGAAAAGGCCCACGGCUGGACCUAUGUCCGCACCAAGACCAACGGCAAGAAGGCCCCCAGCCAGAACGGCUCUGUCGCCCAGCACACUCCUCCUCUGGCCAGCGUCUCUACUCCUUCUACCACCCCGACCUACAGCGUCUCCACGCCUCCACAGGAGGGCACUCAGAUCAUGACCAAUGAUUUCCCUCUUUACCCCGCCGAGUCGGACUGGCUUGCCACCUACGGCAUGCAGCCUGAGACCAUUGAUGCCAUGGACCUUGCUCUCGAGAAUCCUUCUCCUUCUUCUGCAGCAUCCUCAUACGAGCAGUACCCACCCUACCAGAACGGCUCCACCUUCAUCAUCAACGAUGAGGACAUUUACGCUGCCCACGUCCAGAUCCCUGCUCAGCUCCCCACCCCCGAGCAAGUCUACAGCAAAAUGAUGCCUCACCAGAUGCCAAUCUACCACACCCAGCCACAGCCCUGUGAUACCAUCCCCGCCAUGGCGCAGCAGCAGGAGUUCUCUCCCAAUGCACAGCAGAAUGCAGUUCUCUACACACCAACCUCACUACGUGAAGUCGAUGAGGGUUUUGAUGAGUCCUUUGCUUCUGACGGCGCCGACUUCCAACUGUUCCCGGCGUCACUAGACAAGACUGCCGUUUUCCAGUCUCUCUUUACAGAGAUGCCAAGUGCCAACCUGGGCUUCUCCCAGGCUACACAGCCAGACAUUUUCCAACAAAUGGAUUGCUGGAACCUUGACUACCAGGGAUUCCAAGAAUAA